AUGGCUUCUGAACAGACCUACAUUAUGAUCAAACCCGACGGUGUCCAGCGCGGACUCGUUGGCAAGAUUAUCCAGCGUUUUGAGGACCGCGGCUAUCAGCUUGUGGCGAUGAAGCUUGUUCACGCUAGUGAAGAGCACCUUGAAAAGCACUACCAGGAUCUCAAGGGCAAGCCCUUCUUUUCCGGCCUGGUCAAAUAUAUGGCUUCUGGCCCCGUCGUUGCCAUGGUUUGGCAAGGUAAGGACGCAGUCAAGCAGGGCCGCACUAUUCUCGGUGCCACGAAUCCUCUUGCCUCUGCGCCUGGCACGAUCCGUGGUGACUUUGCCAUUGACGUCGGCCGCAACAUCUGCCACGGCUCCGACUCUGUUGACUCUGCCAAGGCUGAGAUUGCACUUUGGUUUGGUGAGCAGACCGCGACCAUUGAGUACAAGCGCAGCAUCAACGAGUGGAUCUACGACGAUAUCCAGGACAAGGUGCGCACUAACGUAAAUGUUAAUGUUAGUUUCGGUACCAAUGCUAUCUUUGGGUUCGAGCAUGUCGUGAACGCAAGCUCCAAGCUUGUAAAGGCUGCACAGAUUCUUGAUAUCCCAGUGCUGGUUACCGAGCAAUAUCCGAAAGCGUCGCUGCGCAAGGAGAUUGAUCGUGCGAAUGACCAUGCGAUUAAGUCCAAGACGGCGUUUAGCAUGGCCUCAAAUGACCUUGUCCUAUCUAUGCUACAGACUGCGACGGGCACGCCGCGCUCGUAUGAAGAUGUGGAAUUUAUCCUGUGCGGCAUAGAGACGCAUGUCUGUUUGAAGCAUACAGCGCACGAGUUGCUUGCGAGCGGAGCAGCGGUGCAUAUUGCUCAGGAUGGUACAAGCUCGUGCAAUCGUGGUGAGCAGCGCGUCGCACUCCAGACGCUGCGCAGUGUGGGCGCACAUGUGACGACCUCGGAAUCGAUCUUAUUCCAACUACUCGGUGAUUUCAUGCACCCCAAAUUUAAGGCUAUUUCUACUAGCCUGGACAUGCUGAUGGACAUCAUUGCACUCUGCCUGCUAGCAGCCUAG